AUGUCAGAUGGAUUCAUUCCAAUCAUCAGUAUCUUCUAUGCUGUUUUUCAUCCGGAGGAAGGCACAAAGAUAGUUCAUCAGUUUCCCGAAAAUUUAAUUGCUUCAACAUCGUCAACGACUAGCACUACUACUACAGCAGCACCAGCCUACGAGAAUGAACACUCUGACAACAAUUGUAACAGCGACAACAGUGACGAAGAGGACGAAGGAGGAGGAGGAGGAGGAAGAAGAGGAGGAUUAGAAGACGGGGAAAGCGAAGCCGAGGAGCAGAAAAGCUUGUUCAAUUUCGAUAUAGUUAAAAACUAUGUGAUUCCCAAACCACAGCUUUGCAACAGGCUCAUAUCUUUCAAGAUUGACAAGUGGAAAGUUUUGGGCUUUCCCGUGCACAUGGUGAAUGAAAAAUACGCACGAAACUCUUUCAGCUUCAACUUCUGCUUUGUGUUUCCAUACGACGAUGGCGAUACCAAACCUUAUGAAUCAGCCAUCAAGCGAAUGGGCCAGAUGUUUCAAGUUUUGGAAGAACAGAGUUUUAUGUUGAGUAGAUUGGACAAGGAUAAUUCCUUUAGCAAGACAAAAAAUUCCGAGGAAAGACCUCUUCUUCCAGUCAAUGGCAACUCCGGCUCGUCUUUGGCUGAUCUCAAUUUGGGUGCUAACAACCACCACCAGCACCACCACCGACUCAGCUUGGAUGAAAUAUACGGCAGUGAAUUGAGAGCUCCAGGCCAGUCUAGAACAAAGCAAAUCUCGUUAUCCUCGAUCGAAUCCUUAAUCACCCAGAUUUAUCAGGAUUUGAACAAUUAUUCGGAAUGCUGUAUACCGUUGGACAGCUCAAACUCCGUUGACAUUAAAUUGUUUCCUAUUUUGCCUGCACCAGUUAAUAUCAAGGCUUAUCAAGUGCCCCUUCCCAACGUCAAGUUGCAGCCCUUGGUUGAUGUCAACUGGGACCCUACCAUGAUCAAGAUUUUGCCGUUUAUCGAUGGUAUAAACUCCGUCAAGAGAAUCAGCGAAUUGUGCGAGGCAAACUAUAUCGUGACCAAGCAAUGUAUCCAGCAGUUUAUGCACUACGACUGCAUUGAAAUCAUUGACAUCUUUCAGUUUAGCAACAUUUAUGCCCCAACAAACUUGGUUGGCGAUUUUCUCAAGUACGAUGGAAGUAUGGCUGAACUGUGCCAGGCUUAUGUUGUCACCAACGAUGAAGCCGCCGACUUGAGAUCGGGCUCAAUUGCACCCUCAAUUGCGCCCACACCUUCAACAAACUCUCCGCGUCCAGUUACCGAGAGCUCUUCUUCGCCGAACCACUAUUUCAGAAACUUGACUUCGUCCUCGACGUCGCCUUAUUCGCGAAGCAGCUACUUGUCCAAGUCACCCAAAAACUCCACGAUGCACAACGUCACGGUGAAAGUUCCAACAAAGUCAGAUUUGUUUUCUCUUUAUCGAUCACUAAACCAAGGCCAAACUGUCAAGGAAUGGUGCAUCCACAACAAUGCACUCCUACGCAAUGUCGAUGUAAGGAGAUUCAUCAACUUUGGAAUACUACGAGGGAUCAUUUACCGUGUUUACUCAUAUCCCAUCUUGCAUGCAAUCACCAGGGUCAUUGAAAGUGGCGAAGUCCCCAAACCGGAAGAUUUUUACAACAACACCUUGAAGAGGAAAAAACCAGAGAUAAAAACGCCCGUUAAUAAGCUGAGAGAUGAAGGGCUCUUGAAAAGUAGUGUUCAUGAGCAGACACUAACCACCGAUUCAAGAAGACGCGUCAGCUUUACCUCAAGUGCAGAUAGACAUCGACCUCGGUUGCACGUGGUCAAAGACGUGAUUUCGGAAGAUGACAGCGAAGAGUCAGACGAAGACGAAAUAAGCUCCACCCACAGAGUCCAGUUGGCAGCGAGAAGCGCGAGAACGUCAUCGUCUUCUCGCAAAGACAGCGAGUCGCAAAAGGAGCAACAAGAAGCAGUAUCGGAAAAAGACGAAGAAGAUAUGAUUUUCCUCAUCAAGAUGUUGAUUGGAUUCCAGCAUUUUGAUUCUAUCUGCACCGAAUUGCAAAAGUCGCGUGGCGAAGUCGAGAAAAUGAUUGAGAAGUUGGGCUCAUACAGCGUCAUCAACUGCUGA